AACCUUCAGACGUCAACGUCAACUGGUUCCAGUCUGUAUGGAACCUACCUACAGCCCCAAAGGUUAAAAUGUUGAUCUGGAAAGCAGCUAAAGGAGCCCUCCCUGUGAGCGCAAGACUGGUAGAAAGACAUAUCAAUGUUGAGCCGGUAUGUAAGAGACGUGGUGCCAUUGAAUCUAUCCCUCAUCUGUUUUUUCAGUGUAAGUUUGCGAGUGAUGUUUGGGAAGCAGCUCCCUUCACACAGCGGAAGGAUAGAAUUUUUGGAUUGUUGGAAUCUUGUAAAACCUCAACUCUGUUCGUCUCUGUUUACCUAACUCUAGCAUGAAUGAAAGUUUGUUGUGUUUCAAAAAAAAUAUAUAUAUCAAUCUUAAAAAAAAAACUUUGUAUUGCUUCAACGAGUUUUCUCUCAAUAGUUCUUUUGCUUUCUUAAGCUUUCCACAAUAUUGUAUUUUAGAAAAGGUACGCACCGAUGAUUUGGUUGCCCAAGUGAUUCUGAUAGACUGAAAUCUGCAACUAAUCACAAGUUUCGCCCAAGAGGAUUGGUUGGACACCGUCUUCGGAACCUACGGGAAACCUGAUCACCCUUUAGAGUUUGCCCUUUUUGGACCAAACUUCAUGGCCAUAAAUCUUUAUCAGCUCUCUCCACCAGAAGAUCUUGAAUUGGCGAAUAUGUUGGUGAGGGUAAACCCCAUAGCUACAGACAAUCUAGCAGGGACAAGAAGAACAAACUAAUAGUCAAUGUAGUGUUGGUUUAACAUUUUCUGGAUGUCAGAAAACGACCAAAAGCUAACAGUCAGUAUACAAAGAGGAGAGCUGGGAAACUAACAAACUAUAUAAGUAUUAAACCAAGAUGCAGAAAGUUAAGAAGGCAAUGGAGAACCAGAAGCGUUUUGUGCUCGUCCAUGGGAUCUGCCACGGCGCAUGGAGCUGGUACAAGGUGAAAACACUGCUAGAAGCUGCAGGGCACUGUGUAUCUGCUAUUGAUCUGUCAGCAUCGGGAAUCAACACGACCAGAGUGGAAGAGAUUCAGACGUUGAAGGACUAUUCCAAGCCAUUGUUAGACAUUAUGGACUCAUUUCCCUCAGACAAGAAGACAAUUCUUGUCGCACAUAGCCUGGGAGGAGUACCGGCUGCUCUCGCUGCCGACAUCUUCCCUUGUAAGACCGCUGCUAUUGUGUUCUUGACAUCUGCAAUGCCUGACACCAAAAACCCACCUGCUUAUGUUAUCGAAAAGUUGGUCGCAAGCAUUCCACAAGAAGAGUUCUUGGACACAGUGUUUGGAUGUUAUGGAGCACCUGAUUGUCCUCUAGAGACUAGUCUUCUUGGACCAAGGUUCUUGACCAAGAAAUGUUAUCAGUUGUCUCCGGUUGAAGUAAGACUUCAAACCAAAUGAAACCUCUAUUUUUAAAGCUCGAAAUGUACUAUAUAAAUUGUUGAAUGCUGUCACUGGUUAGGAUCUUGAACUGGCGAAAAUGUUAAACCCUUUAGUUACAAAUAAUCUGGCAGGGACAAGAAGCUUUAGCGAGGAAGGGUAUGGAUCGAUUCCACGUAUCUAUAUAAUAUGUGAAGAGGAUAAUAUAAUACCUAAGGAAUACCAGCGCUGGAUAAUCAGCAACUUUCCGCCAAAAGAAGUAAUAAAAAUCAAAGACGCUGAUCAUAUGCCAACGAACUCCAAACCUCAAGAACUCUGUGCUCGUCUCUUGAAGAUCGCACAUACGUAUGCAUGAAUAAACCUCAGCAAAGCAAUUAUAAACUUCAGCUUCCACUACAACGACAAGCCAUAAGAGAACACAGCAUGUAUGAAAGUUAAGAAAGUGAUAAUAUUCAUUAGAAAAAAAAAGACUUUUGCAACAA